AUGACAUCCUGGUUUGUUAUUAUUAACAUUAUCCUUCUUCUAUCACCUUCCUUUUUACAAGCUCGUUAUCGAGCUCAAUCAAAACGACGAUAUUCAAUGUCAACUCAAUCAUUUGUACCAACAUUCUCUUCGAAUAAUAUUAAUAAUAAUAAUAUUUAUGCUGAUGCUGAUGAGCUGCAAGGAAAAACUAAUGAUAAUUAUUGGAUUGAUUCAAUAAAAGUAACAACACGUACGUCAUCAUCAAUGCCACAAUAUAAAGCAAAUGAAGAACAAAUUGAACAAUUUACACGUCUUUUAUUUGAACGUUUAAAUUUAAAAGAACCACCAAAUGUAACAAUGAAUGCCAAUGAUGAUACAGGUUUACCAUCAUCAAUAUUGAAACAACUUGAACAACAAACUAAAGAACAGCAACGUUUCCAUGAUAAUGAAGAAAAUAAUUAUUAUCGAAAACAAAAAGCUCAUGAUGAAUUAAUGCCAACAGCUGAACGUGCAAUUUUACCUGGUGAUCAUAUACCAAAUCAUACAUGUCAACGACAAUUAUCAGUUAAAUUAAAUCUUGCUGAACAUUAUCUACAAAAUAUUGAUUGUUUUCGUUUUACAAAAUCACCAAAAGAAUCAACAAGUUUACCAACAAAUCAAGCUGUUAAUGAAUUACGUUUAUAUGUAAAAAGGAAUUAUUUUCAUUUAAAUGAACAACAACAACAACAAGGUCAAAUACAACCAGAUAUGUUUCAAAUUUAUCAAAUAUUUCGACCAACAUCAAAUGAUACAACACAACCGCCACUAACGGGUCAUACAGAUACAAUACGUUUAUCAGUACGUGAAUUUAGAGCAUUAAAUGACGAUUGGUUUGAAUUAAUUAUUGUGCCCAAUGAUGACAGUAUAAAUAGAACAACAAUUUAUAAUCAACUUAUUAUGCCUUGGUAUGCACUUGCAAUUGAUCGUGAUCUUCAAUUCUUAUCAUCAUUGAAUCGUCAUUAUUAUCGACAAUAUCAUUCAAAAAAACAUACAUCAUAUCCAAGCCGUUCAGACAAUGAUGAUGAAAAUAAUAAACAAACUCAACAACAACUUCCAUAUAUGUUAGUUGAAUAUGGUGAUAAAAUUCCUCCAUCAUCAUCUGGACGUCGUGGUACACGUGAUGCAACAGCACGUCCAGCACGUGGUUGUCUUCCAACAAGCACAUGUUGUCGACGUUCACUUACAAUUGAUCUUGAUCAAGGUAGUAGUGCAUUAAAUUUUGUUAUCUAUCCAAGACAACUUGAUAUUGGUGAAUGUAUUGGUUUAUGUGGUACAAGUGGAUCAUCACUUAAAUAUACAGAUGUUAAAAAUGCCCAACAUAGAAAUGAACAUAAUUCAGCAUAUAAUCUACUUUUACUUCAAAAUAGUUUACAUUUUAAUAGAAGUGCAACAACAAUUGCUAAUCUACAUGAUCAACAAUCACCACAAUGUUGUUCUUAUUCACGUACAAGUGGUCUUGAACUUAUGUAUACAACUAGAAAUGGUGGACCAAUUAUACGGAAAUUUAUACCAAAUAUGGUUGUUGAAGAAUGUAAAUGUGGAUUACCGGCUACAAUCCAGCAAGUAUAG